AUGGAUAUCCGGACAUAUAUAUCCGACUCCCUCCUACGGCUAACAGGCGCCUCAGAUGCGACGGUCAUCGAUUACAUCCUCGCCACCACGGGCUCCGUCAAAUCAGCCGGCUCCCUACAAGAGAAACUGGGACCGUUCCUGGACGGGAAUGAGAAUGAAAUCCAUUCGUUCUGCGCUGAGCUAUGGAGAAGGGUGCGUGGCAGUUCUGGUGCGGAAGGAGAUAGUGGUACAAAGGCUAGCAAGGAACAGCUAGCGGACGGGUUGAAGAAGAGGUAUAGAUUGGUUGAGAUGGAGGAAGACGAUAUGGAUGUUAAUGCUGGGUUGGCGCCGUUACAGACUACUGAAGUGGGGAAGAAGUCGAGCAGGAGGGCGAAAGAGAACGGAGAUCGCGGAAGGAGUCGGGACGGUGAUGACGGUGGUGAUGAUGAGUCGAGGCACAAGCGUGCGCAGCGUGCGUAUCGUGGUGUGCGAGGUGAGCGAAAACGGGAGCGGGAAGGCGAUCAUGAUCGCGAAAGUCGGCAUCGGUCCAAGAAGGUCCGCAGAAGGAACGACAGGGAUUUUGAAGACCGCUGGGGCGAUGAAGAAAUACCCGAAGACGAAGGUGAGAUGUAUGAUGAGCAACUACAACAAGAAGAGGCCCAACAAGAAGAAAAAGAACCAACAUUACGCUCCCAGUCCCCUCGUUCUUCUUCUCCCUCUUCAGAUGGAGAUCCAGAGACCAGAGCUGAGCGGGCUAGACAGCGCGACCUCAAGGAGCGCGAUGAGUUCGCGAAACGCCUCGCGGAAAAGGGACGAUUCGAAGUCAAAGAAAAUCGUCGAAGAUCGAUCGUCCACGAAAGACUCGGAUGCAGCCCGGCGUCGCGCGCUGGCUGA